CAUUUUCAGCAAAAGAAUCUGGCACUGGAAACCGACAAGAGAACAGAACAGUGAGCCAAGAUUGGAACAAGUCUAAGAGAGUGAAGAAACAUUACAGCAGGCUCUUCAGGCUCUCUUGUGGAUGUUCAGGACUGGUGUAUGGCUGGAACUACCUGCACCAUGAACACCUUCAUUGUUACAGUCCUCAUCUGGACCACAGUGGCAUAUGCCGAAGUAGAGAAGGCACUUGAAGAGAUCCAUGAUGAUGGUUUUCAAAAGUGCCAGAAUGCUCUGCAUCUACCUGUUUUGGAAGUGCUACCUGGAGGAGGCUGGGAUAACCUGAGGAAUAUGGACAUGGGACAAGUGGUGGACUUGACAUACACCAAAUGUAAAACCACAGAAGACGGACAGUACAUCAUCCCUGAUGAAGUCUUUACUAUUCCUCAGAAAGAGAGCAACCUGGAGAUGAACUCAGAAAUCCUGGAAUCCUGGCAGAAUUACCGAAGCACCACCUCAUUUUCCAUCAACAUGAAUCUCGAUUAUCUGCCCAAAGUCAACGGCAAGUUCUCUACUGAGUUCCAAAGGAUAAAGACCAUUCAGGUGAGAGACCAUGCUGUAACUACACGAGCACAGGUGAGAAAUUUGGUCUACACAGUGAAAAUCAACCCAAAUGCAGAACUUAGCUUGGGGUUUAAGAAGGAGCUCAUGGAAAUCUGUGACCGUCUGGAGAAAAAUCAGACAAAGAUGGCCACCUACCUGGCAGAACUCUUGGUCCUCAACUAUGGCACACACAUAAUCACCAGUGUGGAUGCUGGGGCUGCACUGGUUCAGGAGGAUCACAUAAGGUCCUCCUACCUUAAGAACAAUAAGGGAAACCAUGCUGCUGUAACUGCAUCUGCUGGAUUUACCUUUGCAAAGGUUGUGAACUUCAACAUAGAGGCAGGCUUUGACUAUAAAAAUAACUUGGCCUCAGGCUAUCUUGCAAACAGAACCAAUUCGAGGGUGCAGAGCAUUGGAGGAAUUCCCUUCUAUCCAGGGAUGACCAUUGAAGUCUGGCAACAUGGCAUCGUCAACCACCUGGUGGCAGUGGACCGUGCUGGUUUGCCUCUGCAUUUCUUCAUCAAGCCUGAAAAGCUUCCUGGUUUUCCACACCACUUGGUGGAGCAGCUGGCGAAGACAGUGGAAACUGCUGCGAAAAGCUAUUACAACUUUAACACUUUCCCAGGCUGCACAAAUAUCAACUCCCCAAACUUCAAUUUUCAAGCCAAUACAGAUGAUGGCUCUUGUGAUGGUGAAGUAGUCAACUCUCCCUUUGGAGGGGUUUAUCAGUUGUGUGCUCAGUUAUCAGGGCAAAGUAAGGUUGAUAUGUGCCAAAAAUUCUAUCAGAGGAACCCACUUACUGGUGGAUUCUCUUGUCCCUCUGGCUACAACCCUGUCCAUCUGCUGUCUCAGACCCACGAGAAGGGGUAUACCGAAAAGGAAUGCAGAAAUAAAUGUACCCUCAAGAUAUUCUGUCAUACAGAGUGUAAAGAUGUGUUCCGAGUGGCCAAGGCUGAAGUUAGUGCUUAUUGGUGUGUGGCCAGUAGCCAAGUAUCAGACAGCUCAGGAAUUCUCUUUGGAGGAGUCUUCACGGACAAGAGCAUCAACCCUAUGACAAAUGCACCGUCAUGCCCAACCAGUUACUUUCCUCUGAAGCUGUUUGAGAACCUCAAGGUAUGUGUUUCUCUGGAUCAUGAGUUGGGGCCCAAAUCUUCAGUCCCUUUUGGUGGGUUCUUUAGCUGCACAAAAGGGAACCCACUGUAUAAUUCUUCUACUUCUGGAGACUUAGAGAACUCAUUUCUGCAAAAGUGUCCUGGGGGCUUCAGCCAACAGCUAGCUGUGAUCAUUGAUGGAUGCCAAGUGUCCUACUGUGUCAAAGCUGGAAUCUUUACAAAAGCAUCUCUGGCCCCUGCUAGGCUCCCACCUUACACUCAGCUACCUAUGAGUCAGUUUUCUAUCGACUCAGUUGAGGUGACAAGUAGUGAGAGUGCCAAAUCCUGGGUUAAGGACCCCUAUACCCUGCAAUGGAAGCUAGAGGAGCCAUCGAAAAGUGGUAGUUUAUCAGGAGGAUCAACAGCUGGAAUCACAGUUGUGGUUAUCCUAGCAUUAGGGGUUUUAACUGCCAUGGCCAUCUAUGGCAAUCGGAGGUUUAAGAAGAAGGAAUCCGACGGAGUUCCAAGAAGACAGACGUUCCUUCCUUUUCCAAGAGCUAGAGCCACUCCUGCUGGACUGCAGGAUCCAAAUCCAGCGUAAUUCUUCCUUAAAGAAACAGUCCCUCUCAUCUCCAAGCACAGGUUCAAGCUCCUCUUUCAGUCCUUUCUCCUCUACCUCUGCCUUCCUAAGAAGUAAAGCAGAAGUCUCAACAGAAAGGUUUUUUUUUUUUCAUAACUCUGUGGUUAUGUUUAUGUCUAUGCAUUGGGAAUUAAAGGAUCUGUGUGAGGAAGGCAGUGGAAGGAAGACUUGCAACCCAGUCAGCAAAACCAGCCCAGGUUCUCAGCCAUAGUAGAAUGCUCAUUCCCAAACAAGCUGCUGGUGUCUUCAUCUGAAUCUCUGCAUGUAAGAACAACUGAGGUGGGGAGCAACAAAAACUUUGGGAUGAAGCUGCACUUGCUGUGAGGUUGGCAGAGGUUUUCCAGUUUGUGAGCAGGAACACUUUGCCUCCCCUCUGCCUUGUUUUGGGUUUUAGCCUCCUAGAGACAAUCCAAACUCUGAAAAUGUACAGAUGGUCCUGUUCAGCCAGUGCUGUGGAGACUCCAAAACUCUGUACUAAUGACUGCGUCAUCUCCUCGUCACCUGAAGAGUGCAGAACAAGUCCAUUUUCUAUGUCUGCCUCACAGUUAGGAUUUAUCCUGCCCAAACCACUUUAGACUGUUGAGUAGUAUCCACAAGUCUUCAGAAAUGAUUUUAACUUACGAACUUCUCAUGUAAUGUCAAAGGCAAAAGGGUAGUAGGUAACUGGAAAUAAAUCAAGAAAUGUAAAAACUGAAAA